UAGAAAAUAGUUUCUGCUGAGUCAAAGAAUCAGCAUCCACUUCACAAGAUCAACACUACUCUCUCUCGUUUCUCUUAUCUGCUUAUUCUAACAAGUGUUACUUCUGUGUAGUAAUGGCUUCUUUGGUGGGGCAACUUGUGUUUGCCUUAGAAGGCCCAAAUGGAUAUAAAGUUUGGGAAGAUCAGUCUUUCAUCAAGUGGAAUAAGAGAGAUCCUCAUGUCACUUUGCGUUGCCAUGAUUCUGUUGAAGGUUCUCUUAGAUACUGGUAUGAACGCAAUAAAGUGGAUCUUUCUGCAUCCAAAACUGCUGUUUGGGAUGACGAAGCUGUUCAAGGAGCUCUUGACUGUGCUGGGUUUUGGGUUCAAGGCUUGCCUUUCGUCAAGUCUUUGUCUGGUUAUUGGAAAUUUUUCUUGGCUCCUAGUCCUACCAGUGUUCCUAUGAAUUUUUAUGACAGUGUAUUUCAAGAUUCUGAGUGGGACAAAUUACCUGUUCCUUCCAACUGGCAGAUGCAUGGGUUCGAUCGCCCAAUUUAUACCAAUGUUGUGUAUCCAUUUCCGCUUGAUCCUCCUCAUACUUCUGCUGAUAAUCCUACUGGUUGCUAUAGGACUUACUUUCACAUUCCUAAAGAAUGGCAAGGUCGUAGACUAUUCUUGCACUUUGAAGCUGUUGACUCGGCAUUCUGCACAUGGAUCAAUGGAGUGCCUGUUGGAUAUAGGUCAGUCAGGAUAGUAGACUACCUGCGGAGUUUGAAAUUACGGACAACUGUUAUCCAUGUAGUUCAGACAAGCAUAAUGUUCUAGCAGUUCAAGUUUUUAGAUGGAGUGAUGGUUCUUACCUUGAAGAUCAAGAUCAUUGGUGGUUAUCUGGUAUUCAUCGUGAUGUGCUUCUUCUAGCGAAGCCACGGGUUUG